AAUUAAUCAUACUUCUGUGAUAUUUUUUGGAUUGUUUAUUCUUCUGAUAUUAAAGAUAAUCAUAUUGUAUAAUAAGUUCUGUGAUAUUAUAAUAUUCUUUGUCGUUUUUCUGGUCUAAUUGAAGUUGUAGGAUUACUGGUUAAUUUGUCCCAAACAUGUUUUGCAGAUUUUAAUUUUGUUAUAAUGUUAUAUUAUUAGUUUGUUUAUAUAAAUUACCAUCUUUAAUUACAAUUUGCAGCAAUGAACUUUUGGAGUUAGUGGAUUUGGUGUCAUUAUUUGCGGCAAUUUGCGGUUGGGGUUGUAGAAUUAAUGGUCAAUUUGGGGUUAUAGGAUUAGUGGUCACUUUGCAGCAACUUAUACAUUUGCGGUUGGGGUUGUAAAAUUAAUGAUCAAUUUGGAGUUAUAGGAUUAGUUCUGUGAUAUUUGGUAAAAUUAAACAAUGUCAGACAUUGUUUUGUUCUUUAACCAUUUUGCGUAGUCAUUGUUAAAGAACAAAACAAUGUAAAAGCUAGCGGUAAGCAAUGAUUAUGUUCUCGUGAAGUUCGGCAGUAGUCAUAUGCAGGUAUGAUGUAAAUUAUAUCGGUUGUGAGUUAUUAUUAUUUUUUAAUUUUAAUUUUGUUUCUUUCUCUUCCCUUUCUUUACUAGUAUUGUACCAAACAAAGUAUUCCUAUCAAUUCCUUCCGUCAAAUCAAAUAUGGAAAAUAUAGUUUAUUUCCUUUUUUUUCCCUUCCUUUCCUUUAUUAAUAUUGAACCAAACACGGCCUAACAGUAUUAGUCGUCCAAUACUUACCAAACUUUCAUUAUAAAUUCUUGGGAAUUUCUCUCAUCCAAAAUAAUACGAAGUAAAAUUUUCUGUCUCCCUAAACUCCAAACUUAGCCAUCUGAAUCUCCUUCCUCCACCAGCAUCUUCUAUAACCAAUUAACCACCCAUAAACCAAAGUCGGGGUCGCCUCUGCCAACCACCUCUUUUUCUCUGUUGUUGCUGCUCUUCUAGGCACAACUUGGUGUAACCCAUAAAUUUCCAUGACAAUAAAUUGGAGUGAGAUUCCAGAUGAACUUGCUAGAAAAAUUGCAGCUGAGCAUAUGGGAAAUUUAGAAGAUUUUGAUACUUUUGGGGAGGUUUGUUCUAGGUGGAGAUCUGCAAUAAAGGGUGUGAACUUCCGCCCAUCAAAAAAUACUCAACUACCUUGGUUGAUGCUAACUGAUCCUCCUAAUAGCUCAUACCGUAGGUUUUACAGCCUCUCUAGACACAUAUUCACUAAAAUCUAUUUGCCCCAUUUGGAUGAUGAGGACAAGGAUGACCAUCGAAUAUAUUUAUCUUCAAAAGGGUGGCUUCUUUCUUUGAGUAGGAAAAAUCGUAAUAUCACUAUUUUCCAUCCAUUUUCAGGCAAAGUGAUCAAGCUACCAAGUUUUCCACCUGAGUUAAUGGAAUUCUCUUUUGAUCAAUGGGACGACAUUAGUUAUCAAUAUCUUUUUAGCAAAUUUAUUUUAUCCGCAAGCCCGUCGGAUUGUGAUGAUGAUUAUACUGUUGCAAUCUUGUUCGAGAGAACACAACUAUUAGCAUUUUGGAGACCUGGGGAGCACACAUGGGCUAAACCUGCAGUGGAUUUCCAUAUUCAUUUGGUGUUUGAUGUUUGCUUUUUUCAAGGAGAAUUUUAUGCCAUUGAUAGUGUUGGACAAGUCAUGGCAUUCGGAAGUGAAAAGACAAAUCAAAAACCAAGAAUCGUUGCAGACUUAAUAAGUCAAGGUGUUUUACCAGAGAUACCUAUAAAUUUAUAUCUAGUGGAAGUGGAGAACAAAUUGUUGGUGAUACAUAGGCAUGUGUUUGUAGUUGAUGAGAUAAAGAAGGAUGAAGAUGUGUAUUGGACUAUAUCUUUUGAGGUAUUUCAACUGAAUGUUGACAAUGGGAAAGCCAAACAAGUCCAAGAUAUAGGCGAUCGAGCUAUUUUCUUAGGCUAUAACUCUACUUUCUCCUUAAAGGCAUCAUCAGAUAAAGAUGGAUGCAAGUCUAAUUGCAUUUAUUUUACCGAUGACAAUGGCUAUUUAUUUCGUCCAUCGCAUGAUCGUAAUGGAGGAGGAAGCGACAUGGGUAUAUAUAGCAUUACACAACAGAAAAUAAUUGAGCGGUAUUAUGAAGGUCCAUCACAAUUUUGUUUUGUCUCUCCACCCUUGUGGGUGGAACGCCCUUAUUGAAAAGCUUAUAGUUAUUUUUGUUACAUUUACUUUUCAUUUUAUACAAACUUUUAAGAAAGACGGUCUAACGGUUAGACCACUAAUUAGUUAACCGCUGAAACCAAUUAGUUAAGUUUGAAAUUUAAUUAGUUAAGGAACGAAACCAAUUAGUUAUGCAACGGAACCAAUUAGUUAAGCACUGAAUCAAUAAGUUAAAUAAUAAAACUGAUUAGUUAAGCAAUGGGAUCAAUUAGUUAAGAUUUUAUGAGUUUUAGUUAUUAAUAAGUUUGUUCGAAAAUAAUAACUAUUCAACUCAUAAAUUUAACUAUUUGUCUUUAUACCUUAACUAUUUUGUUAUUCAAUUAAUUAUGAUUUUAUUACUUAUAGUUAUGUUUU